CACGUGAUUAAAGUGUGCGUAAAUGGUCGAUAAACUUAUACUUUUCACGUCUCUAAAUCAUGUAACCUUCUUUCGUUCAUUCAUAAAUAAAAAAUCAUUCAUUCAAGUAUAUUCACUUUUUCUUGAAGUGCGGAAAGCAUGUAAAUGUAUGUGAGAAAAUCGCAUUUUUUUUUCUUAUGAUUAAGCGCUAAGUCACUCAAGCUUUAAUUUUAUUCGUAUAACGUGAAAACAAUGGCAAGUAACGAGGAACUUACCGGGCCCUUGUCCAAGGAGGAUAUUGAGGCGGCGGAUAGAUGGAAAAACGAAGCAAAUGAAUACUUUAAAAAGCAGAAUUACAAUACCGCAAUUGAUUUGUACUCAAAGGCGAUAGAGAAAAAUCCUAACAAUGCCGUGUACUAUGCGAAUAGAAGUAUAUCUAACUUGCGGUUGGAGAAUUUUGGGUAUGCCCUCACGGAUGCAUCGCGGGCGAUCGAGCUGGAUAGGUCUUACACGAAGGCUUACUACCGGAGGGCCGCGGCACAUAUGUCUCUCGGGAAGUACAAAUUAGCACUUAAGGAUUUUGAAUAUGUAACCAAAGUUAGGCCAAAUGACCAGGAUGCGAAAAUGAAAUUCAAUGAAUGUAACAAAAUUGUGAAAAAAAUUGCAUUUGAAAAGGCCAUCUCUGUAGACAAGAAGGAAGUCAACAUUGCUGACUCCAUCAACCUAGAUGCCAUGACCAUUGAAGAUGAAUAUGAAGGCCCUGCCCUGGAAAAUGGCAAGGUGACACUGAAAUUUGUCACUGAACUAAUGGAACAUUAUAAGCAGCAGAAAAAACUUCACAAGAAAUAUGCUUAUAAGAUUCUAAUUGACGUCAAGAACUAUCUACAGAAACAACCAUCCCUCGUAGACAUCAAAGUUGGAGAUGAUAAGAAGUUCACAGUCUGCGGAGACAUUCACGGACAGUACUAUGAUCUAAUGAAUAUUUUCGCUCUAAACGGGCUGCCGUCUGAAACAAAUCCCUACCUGUUCAAUGGAGACUUUGUGGAUCGGGGGUCCUUCAGUGUGGAGUGUAUCUUCACACUGUUUAGCUUCAAGCUGUUGUUCCCUGACCACUUUUACAUGUCUAGAGGAAACCACGAGACCUUGGACAUGAACCGCAUGUACGGUUUCCGCGGCGAAGUCACCUCCAAGUACACCUCCCAGAUGGCUGACCUCUUCACCGAGGUGUACAACUGGUUGCCGCUAGCACACUGCAUCAACAGCAGGGUUCUGGUGAUGCACGGAGGACUCUUCUCGAAGGAUGAUAUCACGCUGGAUGAUAUCAGAAGGGUGGACAGAAAUAAGCAGCCACCGGAAGAUGGCAUAAUGUGCGAGCUCCUCUGGUCGGACCCUCAGCCGAUGCUCGGCCGCUCGCCCUCCAAGCGCGGCGUAGGCUGCCAGUUCGGACCUGACGUUACUGCCAACUUCCUGCAACGAAACGGACUGCAGUACAUCAUCCGUAGCCACGAGGUUAAGAAUGAGGGCUACGAGCUGGCGCAUGAUGGGAAGUGCAUCACUGUCUUCUCUGCGCCUAAUUACUGUGAUACAAUGGGUAACCUAGGUGCUUUCAUCACAAUGAAUGGCAAAGACCUGAAGCCGAACUUCACCACCUAUGAGGCUGUGCCUCACCCCGACGUCAAACCCAUGGCAUACGCCAACUCGUUCCUGAGCAUGCUCUGUCAAUGAUCGGACUACGCCGGACAGCCUACACACCGCCAACGCUGACUACGAUAUACACACAGUAACAUCUUUCCAUAUGUUCAUGAAAUUUAUAUAGAGACAAAAUUUUUAAAAUCAUUAGUCAGGUCCACACAGAGGAAGCAUAUCGCGAGGCAAUUUUCUCGCGCGGCAAACGUGCUGUAGUAUAGAUUUGCCUCGCACGAGGCAGUGCGUGCUUUGCUCGGCCAAGCAACCUGCCUCUACCGUGGUAUGCCAACACUGAACGUAGGCUGCGCGAUCACAUUGCCACGCGACGUGCCUCUCUCUGUGUAGACUGCUGCAUGAGAAAGCCUUGUCACAUCGCAGCGUGUAAGGGUAAGCGUUCACAUUUCUAUGUCGUAAGCAUCGCGUGUCGUCUACUGAUAUUGCGACACGUACGGUACGCUAAUUUGUGACUUUCGAUUUUGAAUGCGAUGCGGGUUUGUGGACGCUUAUCUUAAACAUACGUGGUUAGAAUUUUGUAAUAAAAAAGGUUGACAUGCCGAUGAUUUUUCAAACGUUUGCUGUAAUUUAAAAGCAUUUAUGUCAAACAUGGAUUACUAUACUACGAUAUAAUAUUUCUUGUAUG